AUGGCCGACCGCUCUGCUCCAUCAGUAGAAACUGAACAGGACUCAAGCACGCUCAGCGCAAUAGUAACAGACGACGAAAUUCCAGCCGAAGACAUUAUCAGGCGAGGCUUCCUAACAAUAGAGACAGCUGAGACCUUACUGAACACAUUCAAGACCAAAAUGACCCCACACUUCCCAUUCGUCGUGGUGGCCCCUUCAACAUCUAUCACACAACUCCACCAGGAAAAGCCAUUUUUAAGCCUGGCAAUCCUUGCAUCAGCCGCGUACGAUAACAUGCCACUGCAAAGGGCGCUAGGGAAAGAGAUCAAGAAAUGUGUUGCGUCGCGCAUGCUAAUAAAUGGCGAAGUCUCUUUUGAAUUGCUGCAAGGGUUACUGGUCUUCCUCGCAUGGUCGCACUAUUACUCUCGGCCACACCGUUAUACUCAGUUUCUCCAAUUGGCUAUUAGUCUCAUCGUUGAUCUUCGAUUGGACCGUCCGCCACAGACCAGGGUGUGGAAGACAGGGUUGCGCUUUGGGCUGAGAAUUGCGGUGCUUGUUCAGAAACAUUCAACUUUUGCACAUCUCCCAUACCUGGAAGAGUGUUGCAACUCUCUUUCCCGGGCAAACGAGUACCAGUAUGACAAAUACAUCAGUCAUAUUAUUCGACUGCAAUUCAUCGCAGAAAAGAUCGACUCUUUUGCAGCAAAGCAUGGAAUUGAGUUGGAACACCCUGGCUCAGGUUCAGAGCUUUAUAUCACCAAUCUAAAAUCAGAACUAGAGGGGUUCCAUCAUCAGCUGCCCUUUGAUCUCAAUGAAAGUCCCCUGCUCGCUACACAAUAUCAUGCGACCGGACUCAGCCUAUAUCAAGUGUCUCUAACCAUCGCAAACCGACACCCUCAACCAAGAUCUAUGACGUUCUGCUCCUGGCGAGAUGAAUUAACCCUUGCGGCACAAAUCUCAGCGAAUGCGAUUCUCACUAAAUACAUAGGUUUACCUCCAGGUGAGGAAUAUGGGUUUAACAAUACGCAAUGGGUACAGAUGGCAUUUGCUUUGCUAGUCUCAUACCGACAUACCGUGACCACUUCCAAGCCGGAGCAGAAGGCUGCACUUCUUCAUACUCUAUCACAAGUGCGGUCGAAGGUAGAGGCACUAUCUACUCCACAUGUAGACGUGAACGGUGCUCGAGAUGUUUUCUUUGAUUUUAGAAGACGGGUACUUCGGAUUGAGAGUUGGCUUGUCAAUCAUGGCAAGGACGAAGCAAGCACUCUAAGUGAUGAGGGCCUUGAUAUUUUUGAGGAUUUCAAUAGCAGGUCAAAUCCUAAGGCUACUCAGUUCGAAGGCUCUAUGGAAGAAGAUAUGGGAGACCUUGGUGUCCCUCUUGGGGACUUUUUCUCUCCUUUUGUGGAUGAUUGGCAGGGUUUUCAGAGUCAUUUCUUUUCAUCUUCUUUUGGGGGCAUGGGUGAUUGGGAGUAA